AUGGCGCGCUGGGCCAUUGCCAUCCACGGCGGCGCGGGCGUGGACCCGAACCUGCCGGUCCACAGGCAGGAGGAGGCGGAGCGGGUGCUGGCGCGGUGCCUGCAGGUUGGCGUGGACAUGCUCCGGUCCGGCGCCGCCGCGCUGGACGUCGUGGAUGCCGUGGUGCGCGAGCUCGAGACGGACCCCUGCUUCAACUCCGGCCGCGGCUCCGCGCUCACCCGCGCCGGCACCGUCGAGAUGGAGGCCAGCAUCAUGGACGGCCACGGCCGCCGCUGCGGCGCCGUGUCGGGCGUCUCCACCGUCCGCAACCCCGUCUCCCUCGCCCGCCGUGUCAUGGACAAGUCCCCACACUCCUACCUCGCCUUCAACGGCGCCGAGGAUUUUGCCCGCGAACCUGGUCUCAUAGAAUUUUUUUCCGUGGACAAUAGCUACUUCAUCACGGAGGAGAACGUGGGCAUGCUCAAGCUCGCCAAGGAGUCCAACAGCAUCCUCUUCGACUACCGCAUCCCACUCGCCGAGGCCGCAGCGUCGGAGAGCCACACUAACGGCGGCAUGGUGAUGAACGGGCUGCCCAUCAGCAUCUACGCGCCAGAGACGGUGGGGUGCGCGGUGGUGGACUCGAGCGGCCACACGGCGGCGGCCACGUCCACGGGUGGGCUCAUGAACAAGAUGACGGGCCGCAUCGGCGACUCGCCGCUCAUCGGCGCCGGCACCUACGCGUGCGGCCACUGCGCCGUGUCGUGCACGGGCGAGGGCGAGGCCAUCAUCCGCUCCACGCUGGCGCGCGACGUGGCGGCCGUCAUGGAGUACAAGGGCCUGCCUCUCCAGGAGGCCGUGGACUUCUGCGUCAAGGAGCGGCUCGACGAGGGUUUCGCGGGCCUCAUCGCAGUCUCCGGCACCGGCGAGGUGGCCUACGGUUUCAACUGCACCGGCAUGUUCCGGGGCUGCGCCACCGAGGACGGAUUCAUGGAGGUCGGCACCUGGGAGUGA